AUGUCUACCGUAACCAAAUAUUUCUACAGAGGUGAAAACACAGAUUUAAUCGUUUUCGUUUCAUCCGAAGAGCUUGUAGAAGAAUACGUUAAAAAUCCAUCCAUUGGCAAGCUUUCUGAGGUUGUUGAAAUCUUCGAAGUUUUCACUCCACAGGACGGCAGGGGCGCCGAGGGUGAGUUGGGUGCAGCAUCCAAUGCCCAGGUGGAAAAUGAGUUCGGUAAAGGUAAGAAGAUCGAAGAAGUUAUUGACUUGAUAUUGAGAAAUGGUAAGCCAAACUCUACUACCUCCAGUCUAAAAACAAAAGGAGGUAACGCUGGGACCAAUGCUUACAAAUAA